AUGUCUCGCCAUCACCCAGAUCUCGUCAUGUGCCGCAAGCAGCCCGGCAUUUCAAUCGGCCGUCUUUGCGACAAGUGCGACGGCAAAUGCCCCGUGUGCGACUCCUACGUGCGCCCUACCACCCUCGUGCGAAUCUGCGAUGAGUGCGCCUUCGGUAAUUACCAGAAUAAGUGUAUCGUCUGCGGUGGCGAGGGUAUCAGUGAUGCCUUCUACUGCUUCGAAUGUACGCGCCUUGAGAAGGACCGAGACGGUUGUCCAAAGAUUAUCAAUCUGGGAAGUUCGAGGACGGACUUAUUCUACCAGAAGAAAAGUUUCAGGAAUCAAUGA